CCGAUGCGACUGGAGGUUCGAUGGCUGGCACUGCUGGCCACCAACCGCUCCGGGAGUGUGGCCCAGGCACCGUGUCCCGGUCUCAUGCCUGGAGUUGUAAAUUACUCAGGUACGGCAUUCUACCACUGCCUCGCGGAAGGUUCUUGGAAAGGCCCAGUUGCGCACUACGGCUAUUGCACAACUAAAAGGAAUCCUGACCCCGAACUGAAACUUUUGUGGAACAUCGCUGAUGAAAUCGGAGAGUAUGUCCCUUGGGAGCAGAGCUCUCCGCGAGGCGAAAACUGGAUGUGGCAGCAGAAGAUCCAUUACUUCAAGCAUUGCCUGGAGCACGUACUUCUCAAGCCAUUCCCAGAUGAAGGCGUCAAUGGUUCAUUUUGUCCGCGAACGUGGGACGGUUGGAAUUGCUGGGACGAUACUCCUGCAGGUCAGACAGCGUUCGCUCCUUGCCCGCAGUUCGUGGCUGGAUUCAUUUCAUCGAGGCAAGCGCACAAAGUAUGCACCGCCAAUGCCUCAUGGUUCCGUCAUCCGAUCACAGGAAUUAUCUGGUCAAACUACACAGCGUGCGUAGACACCCACGACCUUCAAUUCCGCAACUUGGUCAAUUCCUUGUACGUGACGGGAUACUCCAUAUCUCUUGUUGCUCUCCUCAUAUCAAUCUUCAUAUUUUGCUACUUCAGAUCACUACGCUGCCGGCGGAUUACUAUUCACAAGAACUUGUUCACGUCCUUCAUAAUCAACAACCUGUGCUGGAUACUCUGGUACAUCAAUGUCAUCGCACAACCACACGUCAUUGAGGAGAAUCCGAACUGGUGUCAGGUCCUGCAUGUGGUGACCCAGUAUUUUCUACUGUGUAACUACCUUUGGAUGUUUUGCGAGGGCCUGUAUUUGCACACGCUGCUGGUCCUUGCAUUCAUUGCUGAGGACAACAUCAUCAAGUGGUUCUUGCUUAUCGGAUGGGGGUUUCCUUUGAUUCCAGCCAUUGGUUACGGAGUAACGAGAGGCCUAGACAAUGAAGCAUCAAGAAUGUGCUGGGUGGAACACGACGUCUGGUACACGUACAUACUCAGCGUUCCCGUUUGCAUCUCAAUACUGUUGAGCUUCGCAUUCCUCGUGAAUAUAGUGAGAGUCCUGGUCACAAAACUUCGAGCCGUGAACUCUCCUGACAAUGAGAGCACAAGGAAAGCUGUGCGGGCAACAGUAAUAUUGCUGCCACUGUUGGGCUUGCAUUAUGUCGUGACACCCUUCAGACCAGACAAGGGUUCUAUAUUCCUUGCCUACGAGAUCAUAUCAGCGCUGGUGACAUCCUUGCAAGGCCUCUGCGUUGCUCUUCUGUUUUGCUUCUUCAAUGGAGAGGUUCUUGGCGUCCUUCGGAAGACCCUGUCACAGACACCGUGGUUUUCAUACGAGGGCCGAAGGAUGUCUUACGCGAACACGAGUAUAAGCCGCCGUUAUCACAGCUUGCGCUCCAAACUUUCGCCGCCAUCAGCGCCAGGUCCUCCGCAUUCAUUUUAUGCCAAGGCACUCACCUGACGGUAGAAGCCCGGGUGCUUCGCCCAACCAUCAGCAGACCAUGCUCUAAAACGCGGAAUGUGUGAAAUGUCAAUGGUAUACGCGCGUGCGCGUGCUUGGACGAACUGCAUCACGGUGUUUACGCGCAGCCGGACAAGCCUUACGACAAGUGCGUUGUGACAUCUAUGGACAUCCCGGUUCUUGGAUCCGAAGAGCCCCCCCCCCCCCCCUCGGUUGUUUCGGCGGACCAUAAGAGCAACACCUCUACUUUCAUUCCAACUCAUUGUUGGUGUACGAAAUGCGUUACUUCAACGUUGUGUUUUGCCACGCGAAUGAAAGUACGUACGCCCCGUACUUGUAUGGAGUAAAAAUAUCCCACAGCCAUCUCAAUACUUCGUCGAAACAUGCUUUCAGCGCCUGUUAUCCUUCUGCGAAGGGUCAGUUGCACGCUAAGACUCCUAAAAAAACGCGUGUUGUUUUGACCGUAUCAGCGUACUGACUCUGCUGCAAGCAACAAUGUUUGUGCAACUUCAUGAACGUUUUCUGAUGUUCUGCGUAAUAAAAUACACUCAA